GCGCUUCAAACUGUUCGGGUCCUGGUGGUGACAGAAAUGUUUCUUAAAUGUACAUCAUCAUUUUUGCGGUGCACUUUUCUGUUUCGAAUAAUUGUGCUUGUUUCUGGCUAGAAUCGGAUGCAUUGUUUGAAAAGAUGAACAGAGGCGAUUGUUUUUGAGAAGAUGUCUCAGAAAACCACAGACACGACUUCAUCACUCAUGGCCCUUCAGUCAGAAUCUCAUAAGCAGAGCAUCCUGAGCAAAUUCAACAAGCUCAGGAAAAGGGAUCUACUGUGUGAUGUCACUUUUGUCGUUGAAGACGUGCAUUUCAAGGCACACAAAGCCCUGCUGGCAGCAAGCAGCGAGUACUUCUCCCUCAUGUUCACAGCAGAAGAUCACAUCAGCCAGUCGACCUAUAAACUGGGCGGUAUGGCAGCUGAGAUGUUUUCUACAGUGCUGGAGUUCAUCUACAGUGCCCAGGUGUCUUUGGAGAAAAGCGCCACAGAGCAUCUCCUGGCCACAGCUCAUCUCAUGGAGGUCAACGAUCUUGUCAAAGCGCUCACUGAACUCACAUGCUCUGCUGCAAGGGUAAGAACUGAUGAGGUAAAGGCAGACAAAGCCGAGACGCUAGGUGUGUCCAAACGCAAAAGAGGACGGCCUAAGAAAAAUGUGGAUAUACCCAUAAUAGAGCCGGAGGGGAGAAGUGUACCAUGUGAAAGCUCAGAGGAAGCCCAGGCUGCAGAUGUGGACUGUGAUAAUGUACAUUUUGACUCACUACUUAAAGACGAUGCGGAUUACAAACCAGAGACGCACCAGAGCCGACAGAGCAAACGCAAAAUCAGGCCUCCAAUAAAAUACAAAGGUUACAAAGUGGACCACACAGACACAGCAGUUAACAAAGAGUCUGGGAAAAGGGGAAGGAAAAGGAAAUAUCCUAACACAGAGGCCCGGUGUGAGGACUGCAGCAAAGUUUUUAAAAGUCACCUCUUUUUAAAAAUUCACCAAAGGACUCAUACAGGAGAGAAGCCUUUCCGGUGCCUGGUUUGCGGGAAGUGUUUUACCCAGAAGCACACUCUGCUGGUUCACCAGCGCAUGCACACCGGAGAGAAGCCCUUUGUUUGUACUGUCUGCUCCAAAGCGCUCUGCACCAAACACUCCCUACGGGAACACAUGAACCUCCACAAAGAGAAAUCCUUUGACUGUGAUAAAUGUGGAAAGACUUUCACUCAGAAGAGGCAACUUAAAAGUCAUUACAGAGUUCAUACAGGUAAAUCGUUACCUGAAUGUGCUCAGUGUCAUCACAAGUUUAUGGACACAGCUCAGCUGAAAAAACACCUGAGAACUCACACAGGUGAGAAGCCUUUCACAUGUGAGAUCUGUGGGAAGUGUUUUACAGCCAAGAGCACACUGCAGACUCACAUCAGAAUUCACAGAGGUGAGAAGCCAUAUGACUGCAACAUCUGUGACAAAUCAUUCUCAGACCCCAGUGCGAGAAGACGCCAUGUCAUGUCUCACUCUGGAAAGAAACCCUUUACUUGUUCCUUCUGCAACCUUUCCUUUACGCGCCUGGACAAUCUGAAAACUCACACCAAAUCCCACAGUAAGGAGAGAGCAGCGUCAACAGAGGCCUCAUCAGACGCAGCGGAGGCAGACACCUCAGCAGCGCCUCAGGAGGAGGUGCGUAACAUCCUGCAGCUUCAGCAGUACCAGCUGCCGUCCAGCUCUGAACAGGAGAUCCAGCUGGUGGUGACGGGAGAUGUGAACAACAUUAAUUUUGUUCCGGGUCAGGAGCAGCAGAUCAGCAUCAUCACCACAGAGAGCGAGACGGCAGAACAAGCCCACUCAAGGCUCACCCUCCUCACCCAGCCGUCAGGACACAUGCCGAAUGUGGCUCUGGUCACUCAGAGCGCCGUGGUGGACCAAGCCCCUCAGAAUCAGACCGUCAACAUGCUGGAGGGACAGAUGCCACACCAGUCUGAGCAGAUGCAUGUCAUCACUCUGAGUAAAGAGGCGAUGGAGCAGCUGCAGUCCCACCACGGCCCUCCACAGCCACUUCAGAUAGCACAACGGCCCGUCCAGCAGCUGCAGGUGAUGCAUCAGCCCAUCCAGCAGCUGGCCGUCAGUCAGGUCGGCCGGGAGCAGCACAGCCAGGCCAUUCACAUCAGCAGCCAGAGCAGCCAGCCCAUCUCCAUCAGCCAGACCAGUGAGCAGAUCUCCAGCCACCACAUCCAGGGUCAAACGUUUCAGAUCCAGGCAGGAACCGUCUCCUACCUGUACACCACCGGGCUGCCGCAGGAGGGCUGAGCGUGGGCCGAGCGUGGGCCGGAUGACUGAGGACUUAAAUCUGAUGUUGCUGAAUCCAAACUGAUAUAUGCUGCUACUGUACACAUCAGUAAUGGAGUAAUGGGUGAACAAAAUUAUCAGUAUUUUUUAAAGGAACAGGUUCAGCUGCUCUAUGCAACAGAAGCGACCAACACUGGAUACUAUUUUUAAAGCUGAUAUUGAUAUUUGAGAGUUAUGGAAAUCUGAUAAUGAUGUAUUGACAAACAUUCAUUAUCUUAACAUGCACUUUCAUGUUACUUAACACCUACACAGAUAUAUAUAUAUAGAUACUGUAUAUCUGCAAUAAGCUAUUAUCGGUCGAGCUAUAACACAAUUUUACAAUGACGUGGGUUUCAAGCGUCAGAUGAUUUUCACACUGUAGCUACUGGACGAAAGAUGAAACCACUGAUUUCACUGCUGGUUGAUAAAAAUGCAGGUAUUGAUCUAAAAAGCUAUAAAAAUGCUUGUUAUGGCUUUAUGAAAUACCCAGAGGUAAUUUACUGCCUCUCACAGCUCUGGUAACAAUGUCUGUGCAGUCGGGAUCCGCAGGCGUCUCGUCUCCUGAAAGAGAAAGAGACAGUUUUGGAUGUUGAUUGUGUAUUUAUCCAAGGAUAGUGCAACAACACUCUUACUGUGUUACUUCAUUAUAAAAGCUACAGUUUGUAUCUUGUAAAACACAACUUGUUUUUUAUAAAUAUACAGUGCCUGUUGCUCACUGCUUAGCCUCUUUAAACGGACAGAGCCAGGCAAUACUAAAAUUAAAUGUAUCAGUAUACAACAGUGUUUACCCUAAGGCGGAGCUGACAAGAGACCCGUGCACAUAAAUUAGGUAAAUAAAAAAGGUAACACUUUA